UGAAGUUUCAUUUCUGUCCUUCCUUCAGCGACAUGAGUGAAAGCAGCGCAGUUGAUACGUCCAAAGAGGUGGAAGAUGCAAGUGCUUCAGUUAAGACUGAGAAACGCCCGGUUCCAAAACUCAAUGAAAGAAUUCUCUCGUCCUUGUCCAGGAGAUCAGUUGCUGCACACCCUUGGCAUGAUCUUGAUAUAGGCCCUGGAGCUCCUGCUGUUUUCAAUGUUGUUGUAGAGAUCACAAAAGGAAGUAAAGUCAAGUACGAACUAGACAAGAAAACUGGACUGAUCAAGGUCGACAGGGUAUUGUAUUCAUCAGUUGUUUACCCUCAUAAUUACGGUUUCAUCCCCCGGACACUUUGUGAAGAUAAUGAUCCAAUGGAUGUUCUGGUCCUCAUGCAGGAACCAGUACUUCCUGGUUGCUUUCUUCGUGCCCGGGCAAUCGGGCUCAUGCCAAUGAUUGAUCAGGGCGAGAGAGAUGAUAAGAUCAUUGCAGUUUGCGCUGACGAUCCUGAAUAUCGCCACUACAGAGACAUUAAAGAGCUCUCUCCUCAUCGUCUCAUGGAGAUCCGACGCUUCUUUGAAGAUUACAAGAAGAAUGAGAACAAGGAGGUAGCUGUCGAUGAAUUUUUACCCGCAACAACUGCCACUGAAGCAAUCCAGUACUCCAUGGAUCUCUACGGCCAAUACAUAAUGCAGAGCCUGAGGCAGUAGAUCAAUGCUGUCAAUUUUUGGGGUUGUUUACUUCUCAUCCGACAAUAACAGAGUGCUAAAACAUGGAGAGCUGUUUGUGAUCAUUUUUGUUCACGGACUUUGAAUUUUGCUAUUUGCUUUGUACACCGGUUAUGAUUUGAUCAGAAAUUUGAUGUGAUUGUGGACUGAGUUUGUCAUACUGAUCUUGUUUCUUGAGAGUCAAUGCGCAUUGUCAUUGGCUUCCAAUGGGAUCAUGUUUUCAUAUCUUUACAUCUCAGAAACUUUUUCUGCUGA